AUGGCUGGUAACGCGGGUAUGGAAAAUUUAAUUACACUUGUCAAUCGUCUUCAAGAUGUGGCAACUCGUUCAGGGGUGGCGAUGAAAAUGGACCUGCCACAAAUUGCUGUUGUUGGAGGCCAAAGUGCUGGCAAAUCCUCAGUACUGGAAAACUUCGUUGGACGGGAUUUUUUACCAAGAGGAUCUGGAAUUGUUACUAGACGACCUUUAAUUCUGCAGCUCGUUAAUAAUGGUAGUCGCAAAGAAGAAUAUGGAAAAUUUCUUCACUGCUCAAAUAAGAAAUUUAGUGAUUUUGAUGAAAUUCGAAAAGAAAUUGAACAAGAAACUGAUAGGGUAAUUGGAGGAGAAGGAAUAUCUAAUGUUCCUAUAAAUCUUAGCAUUUUCUCGCCCAAAGUGUUAAAUUUAACAUUGGUUGACCUCCCUGGCCUGACGAAAGUCCCUAUUGGUAAUCAACCAAAAGACAUUGAGUCCCAAAUUCGGAACAUGAUUAUAGAAUUUAUAUCCAAAGAAUCCUGCUUAAUUUUGGCUGUAACUCCUGCCAAUACUGAUUUAGCAAACAGUGAUGCCUUAAAACUGGCUAAAGAGGUCGAUCCAAAAGGCACAAGGACAAUUGGUGUCAUCACCAAGUUGGAUUUGAUGGAUGAAGGUACCAAUGCUCGUGAUAUUCUUGAAAAUAGAUUAUUGCCAUUGAGACGAGGCUAUGUUGGUGUAGUUAAUAGAAGCCAAAAGGCGAUUGAUGACAACAAAGAAAUUGUUGCCGCCAUUGAUGCAGAAAAACAAUUUUUUAAAUGCCACGAAGAGUAUAAACAUUUGGCGGACAAGCUUGGUACACCGUAUCUUCAAAAGAUUUUGAACCAACAGCUUUCAAGCCACAUUCAUGAAACUUUACCAGCACUAAGAAAGAAAUUACUGGAUCAAAUGAAGAUUUUUGAAAAAAAUAUGAAACUUGAAGAUAUGAAUCUUAAUGAAUCAGCUAUGAAGACGAAAACAAUGAUUUUCUUAUUUGAUCAAGUGAAAGCAGUAUUUAGCAAUUCGAUCGGCUGUUAUGAGUCUGAUGAUAUUGGGAAAAGUUUUAAUGGUGGAUACAAAAUCUACUGGUUGAUUCACAAACGUUUUCCCCAAGAAAUCGAAAAAAAUAAAUUAAGUGAUGAUGAUUUGCAUGUGCGAAUUACUCUUGCUAUUAACAACAUUCGUGGUGUUAGAUCUGGUAUGUUUACACCAGAUAUGGCUUUCGAGGCUGUUGCCAAAGAACAAAUUGCUCUUUUAAAAGAACCAGCAAAGAAUUGUAUCAGCCAGGUUGUGUCAAAACUACAGGAACUGCUUAGUGACUGUACACAACUGAUGGAUAAAUAUCCACGAUUACGUGAGAUAGUUGAUGAAAAAUUAAUGCUAUAUGUCAGAGAGUGUGAAGAAAAAUGUCAAGAGCAGCUUUCUGCUCUUUUGGAGUAUGAGCUAUCAUAUAUUAAUACAAAACAUAUUGAUUUCGUUGGACUCGAAGGAGCUAGAUCACUAAUGGCUGAUAAUAACAUGACGAGGAAGAAGGAUAUAAUCGUAAAACUCAAUCAAAUAACACUACAAAUAUUUUGA